CAAUUAAUCUUGUAUCCGAAUUUUCGGCAUCGCGAGAAGCCUCACUCAUUUAACCCCGCGAGAGAGCGAACGACUACAACCGCCUUCCACCCCGCCGAAACACCAAUUGCGACCAGCCUGACGCCAAAACAGGGCCAAUUGGGCAGGGGAUCUACGCUUGGGGAAGGCAGAUAGGAAGAGAAGCAUGAAGAUACGUUGAGCCCUAGCACGACUCGGAAUACAUACAGCUCUCGUCGCUAGUAACUCCAACUCGGUCGGUCGUCCUCCUCACAUACACACACACGAUGCGGUCUUUCGCUCUAGCCGCUCUGCCACGAGCUCGUGGCGCCAGUAAAAUAGCCAUAUCUUCAACGACGGCAUCCAUACAAUCGCUAGCUACACGAAGAACAUUCUCCUCCCUCCCCACCCUCCGCCCCACCCUCCACGCCUCCCCAGGAUCCGUCUUCCGCACUCCCAACCGCCUCCCCCUCCAACCCUUUGGCCCCCCAACCGCCGCCGCCGCCGCCGCCGGAGCAACAGCCGACCUCGUGCCCAAGACUUCCCUGACCACGCACCCCUGGCUCUCCGGCGCAGCCCAGGUGCGCUUCGGCCCGCGGCCGACGAUGGCGCGGACCAGUCGCUUGGUGCGCAAGCGGCGUCACGGGUUCCUCAGCCGCGUGCGCUCGCAUAACGGGCGCAAGACGCUGCAGAGGCGCAGGGAGAAGAAGAGGUCUACGCUGUCGAACUAGGUUGUCUGUGUUUUCUCCUUGGGCCUCGCCUCGCCUCGCUAGGUUUUGGGGUCUAUGGAUCUGGACACAUAUGGGACUGCGUACGGAUCAGGUGAGGGGUUUCUAUGAGGACUAGUGUACAUGACAGGGUGCUAGGCUACCUGGGUCAUGAGUGGGAGCUGGCUCGGUGUCCUCGUUGGGGAUUGUGUAGCAGAGGGGAGGGCAAAGGGUGUACUGUAUACUACAUAUAGAACUGUAUAUUCCAGGAACCAUCUCUAGAGACCUCAAGAUCCAACUGGUCAAAGCAGUCUUUAAUCUACAUGUGUCUUAAGCAUUUCGUAACCAG